AUGAGCACGAAGGAUCUCGAAGAUUUAAUUCGAAAGUGUGGAGCCUCGUUGGAUAAUCCAGAAGCUCAGACAGAUGGAACGUUUGACAAACUCGCAGAAACUCUUCUCGCCUUCGCAGAGGAGAAUCCUGGUGAAUUCUGCAAAUUCCUGUCCAGCCAUGUUGGAGGGGACAUUUUGGAGUCCCUACUUUCAGAUGUUGCUGAAUCCCUUGGUUUGGACAAAACAAGUUUUGAGGAAGGAGCAAGCAAGCAUCCAAAUUCCACAAGUGAGACAAGCAGAGGUCUCCAAGGUUCACAAGAACCUCCACGUAGUGUUGAGAAUGCCUCUAGAGCAUCUAAUCUUGCACAAUGUGAAACUAAAGUGACAGAAAUUAUUCAGCCAAGACCAGGCCCUUCCAAUGUCCAUCAAGCAAAAAGAUCUGACCAAUCAAGCUGGACAAGAGGGCCUCAUGAAGUAACUCCUGGGGUGCCUAAGGAUUUGAGGUCAUCUGGUCAAAAGAGCAACUUGAUAACCUCUUCAUUUCAAACUUUGUAUCCAGAGAGUGGUGUUGCAUCUUCUGGUAAAGUAGUUCCCAAAUCUCUAUCCACCAGCACUGUGACAGUGACAAAGGCUGCCCACAUUGAAGCAUCUGAAGUCAAAUUCCGCAAUAUUGCCCCAACUCCCUUUUAUGGUCCUUGUGAUUCAAGAGAAUCUACUUCUGCAUCUAUAAGACCCUUUUCUGGACAACAUGAGUCAUUCCCCAGUGCUCCAGUCACAAAGAAGUUUAAAGCAAAUGGUGUUGUACAUGACUCUAACAUGAGAAUCACUGGUGAUGAUGGAGAAGCAAAGGAUGAUAACCCUGGACCAUGUGGUUUUCGAACAGCAAGGGAUCAACUUAUUAUGGAAAAGAAUGCUGCUGGUGCUAAGUUAUCAUAUUCUUCCAGUAAUAAUCGAUCUCUAGGACUGACAAGAAGAGGGGUGAAUACAAAAUUUGUUCCUCCUGUCCGUGGAAGAGAUGAUACGAGUGGAGGGAUGCAAAAACUGCAUGGAGGAGGAUCUCAAUCUGAGCAUAAUAAUGAGAACAUGGACCCUCGUCUGAAACACAUUGAUCCAAAGAUGGUAGAACUUAUUGAAAGUGAAAUUAUGGAUCAAGGAUCACCAGUGACCUGGGAUGAUAUUGCUGGACUUUCAUAUGCCAAGAAAACUAUUCAGGAAAUGGUAGUUCUACCACUAUUGAGGCCAGACAUCUUCAGGGGCUUGAGAGGCCCUCCAAAGGGCCUCCUCCUUUUUGGACCUCCUGGAACAGGGAAAACCUUGAUAGGGAAAUGCCUUGCCUCACAGUCAGGAGCAACAUUUUUCAGCAUCAGUGCAUCCUCCUUGACAUCUAAGUGGGUUGGUGAAGGAGAGAAGAUGGUCAGAGCUCUUUUUGCUGUUGCAAGAUGUCAUCAACCAGCAGUUGUCUUCAUUGAUGAAGUGGAUUCUCUGCUCACUUCCCGUAGUGAUUCUGAGCAUGAGAGCUCAAGGAGGAUUAAAACAGAAUUCCUUGUGCAAUUGGAUGGUGCUGGAACAAAGUCAGAAGAUCGAAUCCUUAUUGUGGGUGCAACUAAUCGACCACAAGAGUUGGAUGAGGCUGCCAGGCGCCGUUUUGUCAAGCGACUAUACAUUCCUCUGCCAGAUACCUCAGCACGAGGUCACAUCCUUCACAACCUCCUGAGUGAUCAAGAGCAGAACUUGACAGAUGAUCAAGUAGAAGCCAUUUGUGAGGAGACAGAAGGAUUUUCUGGUGCAGAUAUGACAUCACUUUGCCGGGAAGCUGCUCUUGGUCCCAUUCGAUCAAUCACUAUUGAGGAACUUCAGACCAUUUCUGCUGAUGAGGUCAGACCCAUUACAUAUGAAGAUUUCAUGGAAGCCCUACGUCAUGUCCGCCCAAGUGUGUCAACAAAUGACUUGGACAUGUACCUCAAGUGGGACAGUCUAUAUGGCAGUGGACUCGCAGCACCUUACAAGCUGAGUCUCAUGAAACCUUUCGUGGCUAACGAGGCAAGUGGCGCCUCUAUUCGAAACCCCCAUGAAGUCAAUUCACGAGACACCUGUUCCAAACCUCAUAAGGUCAAUCUCAUGAGACCUCUGUCCGAAAACCUCAUGAGGUUUUUUCAGCAGGGUAACUCCAAGCAUCCAGGACAAGAGCCUGAGGAGACACCAUUUUGCUGUGAUAAAUGUGGAACCCCACAUGUUGUGAACCCAACCCUGAAAGAAAGGAGACCCAGAGGACCAAACCAUAGACCUGCCUAUGGUCGAAAGCGACUUGAUCCAGAGACCCAAAAACUACUCACCCUCUGCAAUGCAUGUGCUCUUGCUAUGGACCGAAGAGCAAAGGGUGUUCAACCUCCAAAGUCAAAGGUGUCACCCACUCCUGGGGCAAAGGAAAAGUACAUGAAUGAAGGGAAAAGAUUUGCAGAAACUCUUGCUAGGAGCUUGGAUGACCCCAAUGCUGUGAUACUCUUUUGCCCAAGAUUCACAUCCAAAGGCUGCAGCUGUAUACAAUGCCAUAUAGUUGGUGAUGGUAAGAGUGGCACAGAGGCAAAGGAUCGUGCACGGGCAUUGUUGCAGCUCAUGAACAAGGCUCAAGACCUGAGGAAACCUUCAAACAAUGGUGGGAAGGUGUUCAGUCCUGGCUCCAGGCGAAGUAAAGCUUAUGAAGAGUUUGUUCUUCAGAAGAGGGAGGCCUUGAGGAGUAGAGAAAAGUUAUGUGAACAUGCUUGCCAAAGGAUCCUUCUUUACUCCAACAACUUUUUGCACAAGCAAUCUAAAAAUAGAAGAAUAGAACGAAAGCGAGGGGCAGCUGCUCUGGGAAAGCUUCCAGAUAUUUCAGAAUUGCCAUCAAUUCGAUGCUGCAGUGACCACUGUACAAAGCUGGCAGAAAUGUAUGCCAACCUCCUGGAGCAAUGGAGGAAACUUGCAACCUCUGGGCAGUUGUGUACAAGAAAAGCUAUAGCGGAAAUGCUCACUCCUUCAGCUGGUGGGAAAGUGAAUUGCAACUUCUUCAUUCAACUUGUUCUUGGUGACCAGAGUGUAGGAAAGAAGGUGAAGACAAGGGUUUGCACCCUAAAGCCAAUCUCUGAGGAGGAUGUCAAGAGCAUGUCGCUACAUGAUGCCAUAUCUCAGCUGAAGGAGCAAGGCAGACAAAUGGAGAGCUUGAAUCAGCUGCAGAAGGAGCUUCAGAAACAACAGGAACAGUUGAUAAAGCAGCAGAAGAUGAUUGAGGAUCAGCUGCAUCUACUCCAGCAACCUCCCCACAGGCCACCACCAUACCAUUCCUCUGACUGCAAUGAUGCUGUUUUAAUGGAAGGAUGGGAGAGGCAGUCAGCUUUGGAGACAAGAUAUGAGUGUGAGGAGAGGAGUAUGCAAACAAGUAUAGAAGCUUCCACUCUGGGUCAUGUAAACACUGACAUGGAAGGAGAGGGGAGUUCCAGCUCCAGAAACAGAAGGCUCACUCCUGUCACUGUCCUUCCUUCCAUCUCUUCUGGACCAAUGAUCUCAUUACCAGAAGAGAUCUCUCUCCCUGCCAUAGACAAAGAUGGCAACGUUGUCUACGUGGAUCCUCUCCAAUUCGACAUGGAGUCCAUGGGGUACGAGUUGGUGAAUGUGACUCUGGAUCCAUUGUCUGAGGGGAUCUCGUUACCAGAUCAGGGCGAAGGAUCAUCCCGAAAUGCAAGCAUCUUUAUCAUCCAGGACUCUCUCCCUGCCUCUGCUGAUUCAGAGGUUGCCCUCCCUCCAACUGCCCUUCCAACCUCAGUCAUCACAGAGGUGCAUCCAAGGAGUAUCACUGGAAUGGGAGUCCAGAUGUGAUCACAUGUUCCUUCAGCUUCAAGACUCGAGAACCUGUUGUCUUUCUUACCUUUGCAUAUUUUUGCUGGGUUGAUGUGUAUUUAUUUCUCCUAAGACUGUGGAGUUGUUUUUUUUUUAUAGAUAGACAAACAUAUAUGUAUUCUCUGUUAACUUCAACUGACAAUUUAUAAAAUGAUCAUUGAUGAAUUUUUUUGUUUAUAUUUCAUAUCUGUUGUGAAUUACGUC